AUCCUCUGCCUCCCUGCCAGUUCAUUACUCUUCUCCUCGCUCCCAGUUUUGAAUCGAGAGAGAGAGAGAGAGGUGUUGGGUGCAGCUAGUAGCUAGGAGCAAGCAAGCAGAUCCAGGAGGAGCAGAGCGGAGCGGAGAUGGCGGACUGGGGGCCGGUGGUGGUCGCGACGGUGCUCUUCGUGCUGCUGACGCCGGGGCUGCUGUUCCAGCUGCCGGCGCAGGGCCGGAUCGUGGCCUUCGGCAGCAUGCACACCGGCGGCCUCGCCAUCCUCGUCCACGCCGUCAUCUACUUCGCCCUCAUCACCAUCUUCCUCAUCGCCAUCGGGGUCCACAUCUACGCCGGCUAGACCCCCCACCCACUCCUCUCCGCCGUGCGUGCGUGUGAAGCUUUGCUGUCCGGGAGGCGGCUUCUCUUAGUAUUACCGCUUGUAUUGUACUGUGUAGUGGGUACUACCUUCUAUUAUUGCCUUCUUCAUUUAGGUGGCCAGAGAAACAAAUAUGGCUUGUUGUUUGCCUGGCUGGGAUUUCGUUUGAGAUGGCUGGCAGUGGCAUGCGCUCUCUGUCUGUAGGAUGAAAAUUUAUCCAGAAAGGCUGGCUGGUGUUGCUGCUGCCGUUGCCCUUGUGAUUCCUCUAUUUAGUUAACCUUGGACAUGUUAAUUUAUCCAUCUUUUUCA